UCCUUACACAGUAUAAAAUACAAGAGUCAGCGAAGAAGAAACACUAUCUCUCUCUACAACAGAAACGUACAGAACCAGUGAUUUUAGCGAGAGAAACAAAUUAUAACGUAUAUAGAGAGAGAUUUAGAAAGUGAUUUUAGUGAGAGAAACAAAUUAUAUAUAUAUAGAGAGAGAGAGAUUUAGAAAGAGAUUUAGAGAGAGAAAUUGAGCAAUGGAGUUGCAGAGAGGUUUGGCUCUGCUGCUCCAACAAUUCAGAGCUCUGCUCACGAAGAACCUCCUCCUCUCAUGGAGAAACAAGCGCUCCACAUUUCUCCAGCUCUUCUCGUCGCUAUUCUUCAUCUUCCUCAUCUUCCUCAUCCAGAAAUCCACCGAGUCUCGAUACGCGUCGUCCAGCUCCUUCGGGAACGUCGUCGACCCCAAACCUCUUGUCUCUCCUCCGAUUCCGCCGUGCGAGGACAAGCACUACGUCAAGCUUCCCUGUUUCGACUUCGUUUGGAGCGGCAAUGCGAGUUCCAGGAUUGGGACCAUCGUCAGUCGAAUUCUGGCUAAUAAUCCUGGAAGACCUAUUCCUUCCCACAAGACUAAAUCGUUUAGACUAAGCAGUGAAGUAGAUGAGUGGCUUUACAACAAUCCUAUGCGCUGCCCUGGAGCUCUGCAUUUUAUAGAAAGAAAUGCUACUGUAAUAAGCUACGGUAUUCAAACUAAUUCUACUCCACUCGGAAAGCGAGGGCUCUUUGAGGAUCCCACAUUCAAAUUCCAAAUUCCCCUUCAAAUUGCUGCAGAGCGUGAAAUUGCUAGAUCUUUGAUUGGAGAUCCAAACUUUAGCUGGGUUGUCGGUCUAAAGGAAUUCGCACACCCUGCAUUUGAGAUUUUCUCUGCUGUGGCUUCCAUAGGACCUACCUUUUUCCUUGCAAUUGCCAUGUUUGGUUUUGUCUUCCAAAUUAGUUCUUUGAUCACAGAGAAAGAACUCAAACUUCGCCAGGCAAUGACUUUAAUGGGCCUGUAUGAUACUGCCUAUUGGUUGUCAUGGCUCACAUGGGAGGGAAUUAUCACUCUUCUUUCGUCACUUUUCACUGUGCUCUUCGGAAUGAUGUUUCAAUUUAAUUUUUUCUUGAACAACAACUUUGCAGUUGUUUUCCUUGUGUUCUUCCUUUUCCAACUCAAUAUGGUUGGUUUUGCCUUCAUGCUUUCAGCCUUCAUUAGCAAGUCCUCUUCGUCCACAACUGUGGGUUUCUCUAUAUUUAUUGUUGGUUUUCUAACUCAACUUGUUACGGGUUUUGGAUUUCCCUACAGUAGUAACUUUUCUAAUACCUAUCGGAUCAUAUGGUCAAUUUUCCCACCUAAUCUUCUUGCACAAGCUCUUACGUUGCUUUCUGAUGCAACUUCCACUCCUGAAGAUAAUGGAAUCAGCUGGAGUAGAAGAGCAAAGUGUGCACCAAAUGAUACAGAGUGUGUGAUUACAAUUAACGAAAUAUAUAUAUGGCUCGUAUCAACUUUUUUCCUGUGGUUCUUUUUGGCUAUCUACUUCGACAAUAUCAUGCCGAACUCAUCAGGUGUGAGAAAAUCAUUGUUCUACUUCUUGAACCCUGGGUACUGGACAGGAAAAGAUGGAAACAAGGUGGAAGAGGGAGGCAUUUGUAGUUGCACUGGGUCAGUUCCACCUUUGGAAGAUUUAACUCCAGAAGACGAGGAUGUUCUUGAAGAGGAAAACUUUGUGAAACAGCAAGCUAGUGAUGGUGUAGUUGAUCCAAACACUGCCAUUCAAAUACGUGGCCUUGUAAAAACAUAUCCUGGAACAACGAAGAUCAGUUGCUGCAAGUGCAACAAGACUUCACCUUACCAAGCUCUCAAGGGCUUGUGGGUGAACUUUGCAAAGGAUCAGCUUUUUUGUCUUCUUGGACCAAAUGGAGCUGGAAAAACUACUGCUAUUAAUUGUUUGACUGGAAUUACACCGGUGACUGCUGGUGAUGCAUUAGUAUAUGGACAUUCCAUUCGAAGCUCUGUUGGGGUGUCGAGCAUUCGUAAAAUAAUAGGAGUUUGUCCCCAGUUUGAUAUCCUUUGGGAUGCAUUGUCUGGUCAAGAGCACCUCCACCUCUUUGCCAGUAUUAAAGGACUGCCCCCCGCUUCAAUUAUAUCGGUUGUACAGAAAUCAUUAGCAGAAGUGAGACUCGUCGAAGCAGCCAAAAUGAGAGCUGGUAGCUAUAGUGGAGGAAUGAAACGCCGCCUCAGUGUUGCAAUAGCCCUCAUUGGUGAUCCAAAGUUGGUCAUUUUGGAUGAACCGACUACGGGGAUGGAUCCAAUAUCUCGGAGGCACGUUUGGGACAUAAUUGAGGAGUCAAAGAAAGGGCGUGCCAUUGUCUUAACUACUCACUCAAUGGAAGAAGCUGACAUUUUAAGUGACCGUAUAGGAAUCAUGGCAAAGGGAAGACUUCGCUGCAUUGGAACCUCAAUUAGGUUGAAGUCACGGUUUGGAACUGGUUUUAUUGCCAACCUAAGCUUCUCCGGGAGCACUAAUGAAACUCCUGCAAGAGGGGAUACCAUUACAACAACUCAGCAUGAAGCUGUGAAACAGUUCUUUAAGACUCAUUUGGAUGUGGUACCAAAAGAGGAGAACAAGUCUUUCCUGACCUUUGUUAUUCCUCAUGAUAAGGAGGGGCUGUUGACGAACUUCUUUGCAGAGCUCCAAGAUAGAGAAAAAGAAUUCAGUAUAGCAGAUAUCCAACUCGGUCUUACAACUCUUGAAGAAGUUUUCUUGAAUAUUGCAAGGCAAGCAGAGCUAGAAAGUGCUGCAGCUGAGGGGAGCUUGGAAACUCUGACUUUAACAUCAGGAACUUCAGUUCAAAUACCCGUGGGCGUAAGGUUUGUCGGUAUCCCGGGAACAGAAUCCGCAGAAAAUCCGAGAGGGAUUAUGGUAGAAGUAUACUGGGAGCAAGAUGAUUCUGGUGCGCUCUGCAUUUCUGGUCACUCACCUGAAACUCCAAUACCGCUUCAUGUUCAACCAACAGCUUCUUCAACAGCCACUUCCCAGAGAAAUCUCCUAGGUCGAUCGGGACCAGUUCUUGGAAUUGUGAUUGAUCCUGAUCAAAUUGGUACUGCAAAUUCUUAAUGGUAUAUGAUUGUUUGGAAAAGCAUUAGGAGUUGUUUGUUUUGUCUAUCCAGCAAAUUAAGAUAAAAAUCUCUGUCCUCAUAGCUGUUUGAUUCUUUAAAAACAUUAAAAUUAUGAAAAUUUUGCUUUAGCAAUUCCGUUUUGUAAAGUUUUUCUAUCAUUAUAUUCGUGUAAUAUUUUUCACCUGUAGAAUACUGUGCAGCUAUAUACUUGUAAUAUUUUUCACCUGUAGAAUACUGUGCAGUCAACUUUUUUACUUUUUCUUUUUC